CACAUGACGGAUGACGUGACGACCAUUUGACAGAAAAAACGUUAUCAAGUGAAGAAAUUAAAUCGCAGCUUUUGAUAAGAAUUAUUUUGAAAAAAAUGAAUUAAGUAUGACCAUCUCUAACUCUUUUUAUUUAUCUUUCCACAAAAAUGAUAAGAUUUUAUUGCAAAUGCUGUGCAUAUAACUAAAAAACCAAUGACACAAGUUGAUUGAGUGUGCACUAGCCUUACAGUUUUAAAAUAUCAAACAACCUUGAGAUCGAGUAAACAUUUCAAACAACUUACAUAAUAUAAUUCCGACUACACAAUCAUGAGUGCCAUGAGGAUAGGCGCGCGCGCUUUAACUACGCAUUUGCUGUCAAAAGGCCAGACCGGCAACAGCAUACCUAGCCAAAGAAAUAUAUCAACAACAAAUAUCAACAAUAUGAAAUUCGUCCAAUUUACCUAUAAAGAUGACCCGAAGCAAAUUCGAGCCGGAUAUUUAGAUGGAGAAUGUGUAGUCGAUAUUAAUAAAAUUGAUUCAAAUGUGCCCCAUACUAUGUUGGGUUUGUUGAACUAUGAACACAUCAACAAGGUUUUUGGAUACCCAACUUUGAAACCAAAAAGUGUGCCGCUCUCGGACGUCACAUUGAAAGCACCAAUCCACGGCGUGGACAAGAUCCUAUGUGUAGCCCUGAACUACGCGGAUCACUGCAAGGAACAGAACUUAUCAGAGCCUAAAAUACCGAUAAUCUUCAGCAAAUUCGCCAGCACAAUUAUUGGGCCUAACGAAGCUGUGAAGAUCAGGACUCAUAUUUCAAAGAAAGUCGACUGGGAAGUGGAAUUGGCUGUGAUUAUUGGCAAAACUGCGUCGUCAGUAAAAGCUGCAGACGCGUACAAAUACAUAUUCGGGUACACGGUCGCUCAGGAUAUCAGCGGACGAGACUGGCAGAAGGAAGCCAACGGUGGACAAUUUUUAUUGGGAAAGUCUCAAGAUACAUUCUGUCCGAUUGGGCCCUGCAUUGUAUCAGCCGAUGAGAUCGGCGAUCCACAUACUUUGGACAUCAAAUGCUCCGUGAACAAUGAAAAGAAACAAAACAGCAACACUUGCCAACUGAUCCAUAAGAUACCUGAUGUCAUUGAAAGGAUUAGCUCUAUAAUGACGCUGCUCCCAGGUGAUAUUAUCCUCACUGGCACGCCCGGUGGAGUGGGAAUGCACCGCAAGCCCCCAGAAUUCCUUAAGCCCGGCGACACUAUCACCAGUGAAAUUGAAAAGAUUGGAACCUUAGUUGUCUCUGUCGAAGAACAUAACCAAUGUUAAUCUUUAUAAACUGAUGUACGGUCAAAAUAAA